AUGCAAAAAUGUUCAAAUACUUCAAAAGAAUGUGAACAACUAUUUAACUCUAUUUUUAAAAUUGCCAUAAAUGUAGUUAGUGCGCAAGAUGUUAAACAAUAUCUAUCUGAGCGUAAAAAAUUAAGCGAUGCUGAAAAUGCUAUAAAGGAUGGCGCAGUCAUUCAUUUAACACCGGCUGAACAAAGCGCAAACGCCAUUUUUACAGCGAUUCUUCAAUACGAAGAAUUACUAUUGUCAAACAAUGAUCCAUCGGGAAUCAAUUUCUUUAAUGCAAAAGAAGUAAUUGAAUCGACACAAAUUUAUAGUAUAUUAAAGAAAUUACCAAAAGGUUCAAUUUUACAUGUUCAUCAAGAUAGUUCUGCCACCUAUGACUACUUGAUUGAUGUUGGAACCUAUUUGCCAAAUUGCUAUAUCUAUAUGGGUAGUGAUCCAGAGAAUGGUCUUGCCUAUGGAGAUUAUCAUUUCUUUGCAAGCCAGCCAUCCGAUACCAAUUGGGUACAAAUCAGCCAAGUUCGUCAAUCAGUUUCCAAUGUCACUGCUUUCGAUGACAUGUUGCUUACCAACAUGACCCUACUUGGAAGAGACAACGGUGAUUAUGUCAACCUGUGGAGAAAGUUUGACGCUAUCUUUGCUCGUGUCUCUGGCUUGAUGACCUAUGUCCCUAUUACCAUUGGAUACAUGCAACACUUAAUCAACCAAUCGAUUGAAGACAACAUCCAACACAUAGAAGUCCGUAAAUGUUUCAGUGACUACUACGAUCUCCAGGGUAACACUUACAACGACACCUGGUUCACCCAACAAAUGAUUCAAUUAAUCCAACAAAAUAGAAUCACAUUUGACAUGCCAGAGUUAUCAUUAAAAAUAAUUGGUUGUGAUGGUAGACAUUCAAAUCAAAGUGUUGUUUAUGAUCAUAUGGAAUAUGCUUUAGAAUUAAGAAAUCAAUAUCCAGGCAUCUAUAUUGGAUAUGAUUUGGUUGGUCCAGAGGACGAAGGUUAUCCUUUGAUUUAUUUCAUCGAUCAGUUUAUGGAUAUUAUGCAAAAGGGAGACGAUAAAGAUUAUCCAUUGGAUUUCUACUUCCAUGCAGGUGAAACACUUUUAUAUAAUAACACCAACUUGUAUGAUGCCAUUCUCUUGAAUAGCAAGCGUAUCGGACAUGGUAUCCAACUUUCAAAGCACCCAAUCCUCAUGCAAAUGGUCAAGGACAACGACAUUGGAAUUGAAGUAUGUCCAAUCUCCAACCAGGUUUUAGAGUAUGUUGAUAACUUCCGUGCACAUCCAGCAUUCGAUCUUUUCAACCAAGGACUACCAGUCACCAUCUCACCGGAUGAUCCCGCCAUUUUCGGUUACUACGGUUUGACCUAUGACUUUUACGAAGUUGUCACAGCCUGGGGACUCGAUAUCUCUGGUGUUAAACAACUAGCUCUCAACUCACUCGCACAGAGUGCUUACUAUAACGAUACCGAAAGAGAUCUUGCUCUUACCUCAUGGAUUACAAAAUGGAAUACAUUCAUCGAUUAUGUUAAUACAUUAACACCUCCAUCCAAUUAA